CAGACAGCAUGCGCACCUGGGAGGCAGUUGUUGCCACGGCGCUCGUGGCGGUGUUCACGCUGACCUUGGCCGCUGCUGAGGACGCGCCGGAGUAUCCACCGCCGGACGUGUACAGCCUUCAUGUGGUGAGCCACGUGCGGAACCGGUACGCCAAGACAGUGGUGACCAGCAGGGUGGCCAACACAGCCAACGUGUCCAGAGAAAUCAGCUUCGACGCCGUCCUGCCGGAGACCGCCUUCAUAUCGGGAUUCGUCAUAGAGAUGGACGGCAAGGCGUACGAGGCGUACGUGAAGGGGAAGGAGGAGGCGCGCGAGGAGUACCAGCAGGCCGUGCAGGCCGGGCAGGGCGCCGCGCACGUGCAGCUCAGUGCAAGAGAUUCAAACGUGGUGUCCGUGUCGGUGAACGUGGAGGCGCAGAAGAAGGUGACCUUCAACCUGACGUACGAGGAGCUGCUGCAGAGGGAGCUGGGCGCCUACCACCUGCGCAUCAACCUCAAUCCCGGACAGAUCGUGAACGAUUUAUCAGUGGAGGUGCACAUCAACGAGACGAGCGACAUCACCCUCCUUGAAGUCCCCAGUCUGCAGCAGAGCAACGACGUCUCAGACGAAGAGAACUCUACUAACCCUCUGGCGCACACGGAGAGGCCUUCGCCCACGACAGCCGAGGUGCGGUGGUCUCCCAGCAGGGAGGAGCAGGCGGCGCUGAGGGCGGAGGGCGUGCAGGGACAGCUGCUGGUGCGCUACGACGUCGACCACGCCGCCAGCCCCAACCACAUACUCGUGACUGAUGACGGAUACUUCGUGCACUUCUACUCACCACCAGACCUGCCACCACUGGAAAAGUACAUCGUGUUCGUGCUGGACGUGAGCGGCUCCAUGAGCGGUCACAAGAUAGAGCAGCUGAGGCAGGCCAUGGUCUCCAUCCUUGAUGAGCUGAGUCCACGUGACAACUUCACGCUCAUCACAUUCUCCUCUGGAUCACGGGUGUGGUGGCCAGGUGGCGAGAACAAGACCUAUACAUCCCGGUACGAUUGGCCCAAAGGACCAGAAAAUGAUGCUGAUGCUGUCGUGCCUGCCACUCCAGAAAAUGUUGCUAGUGCCAAAAAUUUCGUGAGAGAUCUCCAUGCGGGAGGAGGGACGGCAAUGCAUGAUGCACUGGAUACAGCACUGCGAGUAUCCAAGGCAGGUGUUUCACGUCCAAAUGCGCCGCUUGUGAUGGUGCUGCUGACGGAUGGACUGCCCAAUGGAGACCCAGAAACCAUCUUACACGACUACACCGCCGCCAACAUGGAGCGGGGAGCAGCACUGUUUACGCUGGCAUUCGGUGAAGAUGCAGACUUCGGAUUUCUCAGGAAGCUGGCGCUACGCAACGGAGGCUUCGGCAGGCGCAUUUACGAGGCGGCGGACGCACACCUGCAGCUGCGCAACUUCUACCGGCAGGUCGCGUCGCCACUACUUUCCAGCGUCAACUUCACAUACGGGGAUGGACAGGUGGAGGAGGAAACCCUGACGCAGACCAAGUUCCCAACGUUUUUCCGCGGCAGCGAACUGGUGGUGUCUGGCAGACUGCGGCCUGUGGUACCGCAGCUGGAGCCCGUGGUGGUGGGGGAGGGCCGCCAGCGCUACAGGUCGCCGGCCAGGCUGGAGAAGGCCUGCUCUGGGGAGCGCCUCUGGGCCUUCCUUACUGUGCGCCAGCUGCUCGACCUGGACGCCGCCACUCCCAACCAGACGCUCAAGGACAGGGCCAAGGACAUCGCUCUCAAGUACUCUUUCGUGACUCCCGUGACGUCAUUGGUGGUAGUCAAACCUAACGACACAUCUGCCGUGGACCUGAAACGCGCCGGUGGAAACCGUGGAGGCUACUUCCCGAAUGGAGUGCCGGCCUCAUUGGGCGGAGCAUUUGCAACUUCUGGCUUCAGCCCUAACAUCUUAGCGUUAGCAGGACCUGUGCCUUCCAGACUUGGCCUACCUUUCUGCUGUUCUCCUGCUCUGGUGCUUCCUGAGGCAGCAAAAGUUUCUUCUGGUCCAUAUGUAACAACAACUUUACACCCUGGUGUUCUGGCUUUUGUUGGACAACCGAAGACCCUGAACAUAUCGGAGAUCACGUGGCUGGGUGGCGUCUCGAACUCCUCACACGUCACACUAGAAGUGAAUGGCACGGCAGAGACCUACGAGCUGGCUUUUAACAAGACAGAGUCGCAGCUGGAGGAGUGCGCGCCCCCUGACGGAGGUCACGGGCAGUGCCGCCACCUGGCCAACUGCGUGCUGCCCAACUUCACUGACAGCCUCGAUGACUUCCUGCCCUACCUCUGUGUGGUCGACGGCAGUUACGUCGGAGCUUGUUGUCCGGACAACACAGUUCCCCCCAUGAUCAUUUGAUGAGCCGUGUGCCGACUGCCGAGACCGCUAAUCUAAGCAGAGGUUUGUUCCAGAUAUUGCCUCCAGAGCUGUGGAGAGCAAACCAGGAAUUGCUGAAUCAUUUGUAUUGUUAUCUCCCGGUUAUUAUUCACAGAAAUUAAAUAUUGUCACAACAGAAA